UAUAGGCCGCAUUAAGCAUAUCUCCAAGCGAUGUAGCCCUCCUUAUCCAUCCAUAAGCCAAAAUCCUCGAAAAGAAGGCCCAGUCGACCAUGACCUCCGUCCUCCCGGCCUCGCUCCGAACCCCUAAUCACUUCCCCAUCACUUUACACCCAUCCCCAAACCCUAAAAAAUCCCCAAAACCCUCAAUUUCACGCCUUUCUCCCCGCGCGGCCGCCGACGACGGGAAACCCCCUGCACCACCGCCGGACGCCGGCGGCGUCGAGGACAGCGAAUUCGAGAACCGUCUGUCUCAGGUUCGAAUCAAGUAUCGGAGCGGCACAGGGAAGAAAGCAGAGCAGCGGCGAGCGCGGAAAUCCGGGGGCGGCGGCGGCGGAGGUAAGACAGGGAAGGGAAUCAUGCUACCGCCUGUGCCGCUAAGAGAGGCGGUGAACGUAAGUGGGGAGAAGGUGGAGCUAGGGUUUACACCUUACAGCGAGCGAAUUAAUGGGCGGAUCGCUGGGCUAGGGUUAGCAGCGGUGGUUUUGGUGGAGCUCGGAAGUGGGAAAGGGAUCUUGAACUACCAUGCGCCACCGGUACUCUUUUUACAGAUCUAUACCGUCAUUGCCCUCACUGCUCUGUUCAUAAAGUUUGAGAAGGAGCGGAUUAGUGUUUGGCCGGAGAAAUCGGAAUCUUCCUCGGCCUCUUCCGCCGGCACCGGCGAUUGAUCUGAUUUCUUUUAACUUGUUUUGAUUUGCCAAAAUCGACGAUGUGCUUGACCAGGGUACUGUGCAUAUCUCCAGCUCUUUUAAUGAAUUAUUUAUUAUAGAGAAAUGCUUCUCGUC